GCUGGAGAUUACUGAAUAGAAAACGCAAAUUUCUAAUGCAUCUUGAAUUUUUUUUAUUAAUGAACGAAUUUAGAUAUGAAAAAUUACCAAAAUUUUCUCUUUUUCUUUUCUUUUCCUUCGUUAGCUUUUCCAGUCUUAUGAGAAAAUGCAAAAGAAUAAACAGUAAACCAGAAGCUCGACUACAGCUCAGUAAUUUACAUUGUCGGAAGCAAGAUGGAUAAAUAAUGUCAUUUUUCUCUUCAUUCCAAAUAAGUUUUCUGAAAACAGUAAUCUAGUUUUAUGUACUUGCGGG